GUUCGCACUUGCUUUUCGACUCCGGCGGUGUGUGCUCGAAUAUUCUCGUCUUCCGUGUCUGUCCGAGAAGUACGCCUUUUUUCUUUGAUAAAUCAGUAGGAAUAGCUGUGAAAGUCAUUAUGUUGACACUUAAAUGGUGUUUGCUUGUGCCAGCGGUGUGGCAGGCUGGCGCGCUGGCGCUUGCCUCCGUUCCAGCCGACGGCGCCCACGGCUCCUGCGAUAUGCCGAAGAAUCCUUCGGUUCAUCCGCUGAAAACUACCGUGAACUUCACUUACAAACCGAGUCUACGUAACCAUGGCGGACGGGAUUACACACCCACUCUGGAACAGCGGGGCGAUCGCUUCUUGUCCCUGUUCACUGUCGUGCGAUUCGCGAACAGUGAAUGCGUCGUUAAUGGCAACAGCGGCACUUGCUACACCGCCUCCGAGUGCCGUCGCGAAGGAGGGACUGAGAUCGGCUCCUGUGCCAGGGGCUUCGGCGUCUGCUGCUACAAAGAGAUCACGUGCGGCGGCUCGUCCUCCACCAACUGCACGUACCUGGUGAGCCCCAACUAUCCAGGCACGUACAACGAGGCCCAGACCUGCAUCAUGUCCAUUACGAGGAAGCCAGAAACAUGCCAGUUGCGGCUUGACUUCGUCGAGUUCGAGAGUGUUGCCCCAGACGGCUUUGGAGUCUGCAACGAAGACCAAUUCACAGUUGCCGGGGAACGGAAAUUCACCUAUCUCUGUGGUUCAGCACCGGCGUCAUGGCACUUUUAUCUGGACGUGAAUGGGAAAGCCAAUCCGACAGAAAUGAGCUUCCUUACAUCGAGUGUCAGCAGCAACAGGAAGUUCAAAAUCAAGGUCUCUAUGAUCGAGUGUCAGAAGAAAGUGCCGUGCGGGUGCGGCCAGUACUUCACGGGCAACAGCGGCAGUUUCGAGAGCUUCAACUUCGGAGGCUCGUACCUCGCCGGAGUCGACUACGGGAUAUGCUUCCGGAAGGAGAAGAACAAGUGCACAACGACGCUGACCACGCGGGGCCCUUCCUUCAUCGCCUGCCCCAUCGACCUGUACAGGCUGCCAGUCGGCCAGACUGCGGGCACAUCGGCCUUCGCUCCGCUCAACGUGCAGGCCAUGUACUGCCAACUCAACGCCGCGCCCAACCCCCUCUUCACGAGCCUCGUCGCAGUCCAGUCCCCCUUGACCACAGUCUCCAACGGCCCCCUCACCAUCUGGCACGCGACGGCCAUCGACGCCCUCCCGAACUUCCACAGCAACUCCAAUUGUCCGACGUGCGCAGGAUUCAGCCAGGACUUUUUGCACAACGACUGUUAAUGGUUGAUCAGCCACGGCGCCCCUUCGCUGCUCCCGGCUCCGCCAACCGAAAUCUGGUCCACGCGGCUACCUUUACUGUCAUGAUCUUGAUGGAUGUAAGACCUGCU